CUCCGUCGUGUGUUCUCCAUCCCACGUGACACUGGCGAAAUGAUAUGUGUCAAACUGACACAACUAAAAGCCAUUAAGCAAAGAACUGAACUGAACUAACUGACUAUUGGAGUAUAUAUGAGUAUUUAUAUUUCAAUUCAACGUUUCAGGUUUUUAUAAAUUCGUGUCGCAGUAGGGAAAUUGAUAUUUUUAAGGUCUUAUUAACAUCCUGUUAUAUACGGAUUAACCUAAGGUUUAUAUUAUAAUCUUAUUGUUUAAAUUUAUUAACAUCUAUACCAAUGUCUAACGGCCAAUAUCGCCAAGUGUGGCGAAUAGUAUUAAGAAAUUUUUUAAAUUCUUUCAAGCCACGCCAAAUUCAGGGUAACAAUAUAGGUAAAGAUUACAUAGGUAAUGUUUAUUAUGAAAUACCAGCGGAUCCAAGCAGAGGAAAGAGGAAACCUUCACGGUGGUAUGAUCCGCCGAAGGGUUUGGACUUUCAAGAUCCAAUACCAGCUGAGUGGGAGGCUUGGCUUAGGAUGAGAAGAAACGAACCACCUACUGAAGAGGAAGUAGCCAAGAAUCUUGCCAUUGCUGAAAUGAAGAAAGUGAAUGCUGCAAAAAUUGAAGAACAAAGAUUGAUUGAUGGUGGUUCUCUGCCAGCUCCAGCAGAAAAAGGUCAUGAGUCAUUUCCAACAUAUUCAGAAUAUCACCCGGGAGAUCCAACCAACAAAUAUAGAAAUAAAUGAAAUAUGAUUAAAUAUUAUGCAAUAA